GACCCCUGCCCUGUUGCCGUCAUCCGUCCCUGACGAGCCUCACGUUUCCCCACUGUGACCUCAGACUGAGCCUCCUAGCUUUAUCUUUAAUGAAAACCGGUGGGAAAUAACCAGAAAAGCACCAAACCGACUGUCGGCUCCACGGCUGUUUCCUAGCAACGUAGCGUCACACACCGCGGGUCCAACCGGACGCAGAGCAGCGGGCGAGCAGGAGACAUGGCCGCAAUCGAGGAGCUUUCCCCAGCUGCGGGCCCGGUGUCUACCCGGCCCCCCGAGGACGAGAUUGACGACGAUGAAGAUGAGGAUCUGGAUGAGACGUUGAUGGAGAGGUUGUGGGGCCUGACAGAGAUGUUUCCUGACACAGUUCGCACCGCUGCUGAGGUGUCUGCACAAUGCUCCGUCUCCCUGGCCAAGAAGUUUUACAGUUUUUCCCGCUCGGCGCUCUGGGUGGGUACUACCUCCUUCAUGAUCCUGGUGCUGCCUGUUGUGUUUGAGACAGAAAGACUACAGCUGGAGCAGCAGCAGCUACAACAGCAGAGACAGAUCCUGUUGGGGCCUAAUACUGGAAUGUCCGGCGGGAUGCCCGGAAUGAUGCCUCCUGCACCUGGCAAGAUGUGAGAGACAGGAAGAGCCAACGUGAACCUGAGAUCUGCUGCAAGAGAUACAGCGCAGCCGGUCGCAAGGAGAGACAGAGAGACCACGGAGAAGGGCAGAGAACUGCAGUUAAAAGAAAAAAAAAUAAGCAAUCGCUGUACGUCAACGGCACGACAUUAGGCUAACUCCAACGUAUUGGAUUGGCUAAUAGGGAGUGGAGGAAGAGGAUGUGAUGCGUUUCUAACACUUCUCUCUCACUGUCUCUCCUUACUCCAACAUCAUGCAGAGACUUAUUUGCAGGAGCACUGCUUCUCUUUUCUGUUUCUUUUUUUAAAAACAAAUCAUUAUAUUAACAUUAAUAAUGUGUUCUUUAGGGGGAUAGAAGGUACAGGUGCAUAACUUGGAAGAAAAUAAAUCUGGAGGUUACCAAUUGUAUUUCUUGGUGUUUGCAGUCUGAAAAACGUUGAUAUGCUUGCAGUAUGUUGGCAGUUUUGUCCAUCAUCGUGUGUUUGCUGGUUCCACUUCUGUGUGGAGAAUUAUGUGAACCAAAUAUCUGACAGACAGGUCGGAUGCAUUGUGGAGCAUACUGUGUAGACAAUGUUAACUGAUAGGAAUGUGGUCUACAGAAUGGCUUCUGUCGACUCUAAUCACAGGUCACCAUUGUACUAUGGAUGUAUGUCAUGGUGCUUGUCACAGUUAUUGGAUUUAUUACACUUCUCUGGUUUAAAACCGUAGCUUGUAUAAUGCAGCAGCACUAGAUUCCAUGCUGUUCAAUCAUUCAAAGAUUGUUCUGUCCUUUUCCAUCGAAGGUACAGUCGGUGAAAUGCACAAUGAUUUUCUCAUUUAGAAACAUGUCAGAAGUUCUUGGACAAACGUGGUUCACAAAGUUUUAAUGCGAAAUGUCUCAAUAUUAUGUGACAUGUCCUGUUUUAAGAGAAUAUUCUUUUCUCUGUUAUUGAUGUGACAAUUUAUAACGAAAACCCAUGUCUCUGUUUUGUGUUCAACGUGACUGCAGUAAUUAAAACACCAAAUCAAA